CAAAAUUUUAGUCGCGUCGCAACAAUUGAUCAGAAUAGACGCUUGAAUCGGGACCGACCACCUUAUAGUUAAGAAUUAAUUUACGAAAAAAGGGUUGCAGUGUUAAAUUGAGAACUCUUAUCGUGUUUAUGUGCGCAAAUAAUUUAAUGCAUCUCGUUUUUUUAAUUGUUACACAAAGUUCAAAAGAACAACGCAUAUAUAUAUAAAAAUCGAAAUUGACGAAAGAGUUGAAAGAGCAAAAGGCACCAUCAAAAGAAUAAAAUUGAUAAAAAUGAAGAGUAUUAUAUUGCAGCGUGUUCUUUCAAUAUUCACAUAUUUUUCACCGGUUACGACGGUGCUAUUGGUUUUAUUGGCCAUUUACUUCGUUGCAUUUAAAUUGAGACGACGACGCAUUGAGUAUCUUAUUGGAAAGGUGCCUGGGCCACAGCCAUUGCCUCUCAUUGGAAAUAUGUUGGAAGUUUCAACGGGAUUCGAUGAGUUGUUCGCUAGAUUGACUGGUGUAAAGAAUUUCUGGGGCCGAAAUAAGGGAAUUUGUCGAGCAUGGCUUUUAAACGAUCCAUACAUUUAUCUAACAGAAGCAUCAAAAGUUGAGGUAAUCAUGUCGAGUCCAAAGCACAUUGACAAAAGUCAAGAUUACGAUUACCUGCAUCCUUGGUUGGGUACGGGUCUUUUAACAUCGCGUGGCAAAAAAUGGCAUGCUCGUCGAAAGAUUUUAACGCCAACAUUCCAUUUUAAAAUAUUGGAGGAUUUCAUUGACGUAUUUCAAGAGCAGAGCGCCGUUUUAGUAACAAAAUUGACACGAGAAAUCGGCAAAGAGGAAGGCUUCAAUCUCUUCAAAUACGUCACCUUGUGCACAUUGGAUAUUAUUUGUGAAACGGCUAUGGGAAAAAGUAUCGACGCACAAAGUAACGGUGAUUCACAAUACGUAAAAGCGGUGUACAAAAUCGGUGAAAUCGUUCAAACUCGUCAAGUAAAAGUGUGGUACCAUCCCGAAUUUUUGUUCCGCAUGUCAAAAUUGUAUCAAGAACAUCAGAGUUGUAUUAAGACAUUGCAUGGCUUCUCAAAUCGUGUGAUUAAAGAGCGUAAAGCCGAGAUCGCUUAUCAGAAUAACAACAACAACAACAAUCAAGAUAAUAACAACAGUGCCAAUGUGAAAAAUUUAAAUUUACAAGAAGAGACGGACGAUAAUAAAUAUGAAAUUUUGGACUUUCCACGAAAGAAACGAUUGGCUUUCUUGGACUUAUUGAUUGAAGCAUCAAAGGAUGGAAAAGAAUUGUCCGACGAAGAUAUUCGCGAAGAGGUUGACACAUUCAUGUUUGAAGGUCAUGACACAACAUCAGCUUCAAUUUGUUGGACGCUAUUUUUAUUGGGCACAAGUCCGCAUAUACAAGAAAAAGUAGUUGAAGAGCUUGAUUCAAUAUUCGAUGGGGAUCGUACGCGGCCACCAACCAUGAAGGAAUUAAACGAUAUGAAAUAUUUGGAAUGCACAAUCAAAGAAUCAUUACGACUGUAUCCGAGUGUACCUUUUCUCGGACGUCAUUUGCAUGAAGACGUUCAAAUCGGCGAAUACCUCAUUCCAGCGGGA